AUGCCUGGAAUCUUUAACAUCUGGCCCGCUCACGGGCCCGCUACCGCUAGCAGUAACUUUCGAACCGCUCCCGCCGCAUCUUCCGCCGCAUCUGCCGCUGGAAACUUCUUCAGCAAGCAGGAGUACCUGUCGUUUGCCGUUGACCACCAUGUCGCGGCAAAACCGGCCGACCUGGUGUUGACGGCGGAGCUCUCCGCAAUCGCCGGCGCGAUUCCCGCUCCGGUGUUGCCGCAUCAGACACCCGCGUCCCCCGCGGUGAAAUCGCUGCUGUUCAACCAGCCGUCGAUCUCGCCGCACAACCCGCCGCGUCUUCCGCUCGCUGGAAUUGGCGCGCUGCAGCAAAUCCUUCGCACCCCAGCUGCCGGCGCUAGUUCCGGCGAACGGAGCCGCGGCUGCGCUAGCGGCACGCUUCUCGCAGCGCAAAUUAUAGCAGUCAGCGGCCCGGCAGCGGAAAAUUCUGCUGCGGCAAAGGCGGGGGAGAGCUCAGCGGCAACUGCGGCGGUGACUGCGGCUAACAGCGGCAGCACCCGAGGGCUGCAUUUAAUUCACGGGGCAUGGCCGAUGGGCAGUCAUGGGAAGACCGCCGCAAGUCACGGCGCCAAGAGCGGUGGCAGCUACGACAGUAACAGUUCCGGUAGCGCGCACGACCCGUCGUCCGUGUGUUUGGCGGAGAUGGUUUCCGAUUUCAUGGAGACCGGCUCGGCGGAGAGCCACACUCUCGACCACCGUCUGCUUGACGCGAUUCACGGCAGCGAGGGUGGCUAUAACGCGGAUGCGAUGUACGCGCGCAUGGCGGAGCAGGACGCGCAGGCUCCGCGGAUGGGGGAGAGCGGCGGUUGGUGCGGAAUGGGGGACGUGUCGAGCCUCAUUGAGUCCCUGAGCGCCUGCACCUCCGCGGACGAGUGCCAGCUGUUCGCUGACGUCAUCGCCGCCCUUAAAACAGCCAAGAAGGAAGCCUCUUCCUCAAACGCUGCAUGCUCCAGCGGCAACGGCAGCAAUGGCGCCACCAGCAGCAGCAGCAACGGCAAUCUGAGGCGGGCUGUGAUGUGCCAGCUUCGGUCCAAAGGGUACGACGCUGCAGUGUGCAAGGCACGGUGGGAGCACUCCAAGGGCCUUCCUGGCGGCACUUACGAGUACAUAGACGUCAUUCUGCCGUGCCACGGCAACAACAGCACCACCAGCAGCAGCAGCAGCAUGGUCAACAACACCAACACCAGCGCUUCUGCCACCACCACCGCCACCGCUGCCAACCCGUCACCAUUCUCGCCAUCCGACCGAAUCAUCGUAGACAUUGAGUUCCGAGCGCAGUUUCAAAUCGCGCGCCCCACCUUUGCCUUUGACGCCGUCGUCCACUCCGCCCCCAUCAUCUUCGUCGGCCGUCUCAACCGCCUGCUCAAGAUCACUGAAGUGCUGGCAGAUGCCACAAGGCAGAGUCUGAGGGAGCAGGGGUUGCACCUGCCGCCCUGGCGCCGGGCUGAGUAUCUCCGGACCAAGUGGGCUGGUCCGUACCGGAGGACCACGAACCAGAUUCCGCGGUCCGGGAGCAGCACGCAGCUGGCUGGAGGUUCGGGAACGAGCCAGGUAGCUCCGGUUGUGGCUGCUGGUGGUGGUGGUGAUUCUGCUGGUCUGUUUGAGCUUCCAGCGUCGCGGCAGCAAUCUGUGUUUGGCCGACGAGGGCAGGAGGUGCAUCAGCAAUCCCAGCCCCCUCGUCAGCAGCCACAUCAGCAGCCCCAUCAGCUUGCCGCCUCACGGCCGGUUUUCCUGCCUCUCAAUGCAGCACGCCCUGCGCCUGCCAUGUUCCCUGCACCGCCUGCCACUACUAUCCCCUGUGCUGUGCCUGGUAACCCGUUUGUGGCAACCGAGAAGAGGAGUGCGGUUACUGCAUACGGCAAGAAGCCGAGCGCGGUUACAGGAUUCGGCCGUGAGGCUGUGGAAGGAGGGGCAUUGGGUGCGGUGGUGACAGCAGAGCAUGUGAGCCAAGGGCAUGGCAUGGUGAUGCGGAGUGGUGUGAGUCACGUGAGCCAGAUUGGGUUGGAGAUGCGGAGAUUGGCAGAGGAGAGAACGUACAGGCAGCACGGUUACUGCUGA